AUGAACCCUUCUUUUGGACAGGUCAAUAGUACACUUUUUACAAAGGAUGAAGCAGAAAAUGAAGAUAAAAUAAUUAGAAUUAAUAAUAAUAAUAAUAAUAAUAAUAAUAAUAAUAAUAAUAAUAAUAAUAAUAACAAUAAUAAUAUUAAUAUUAAUAAUCAAAAAGAGAAUAAAAAUGAAUUAUCAAUAAUAAAUACAAUUAAAACUCCAGUUAUUUGGGUAGUUGGAGUAUUAAUUUAUUUUUAUUUUAUUUUAUUUCAAUUAUUUUCAACUGGUUUAUCAUCAAUGGGAUAUGAUACAAUGCCUUUAACUAAUAGGGUUUUAAAUAAAAGGUUAGUCAGAUUAAUACCAAAUAAUUUAAGAAAAAGAAAUAAACAAAUAGGAUUAAUAUAUAAUCGUAGUGGUGGUAUCAAUUUAACUAUCAAUAAUAAUACCAAUAAUAGUACAAAUAAUAGUAUCAACAAUAGUACCAAUAAUAAUAAUAAUACAAUUAGUAGUAGUUAUAGUAGUGAUAGAAAAUCAUUUAAUAUUUUAAGAAAAGUUCAUUUUAAAAGGAAUUUUAUAGUUUUUAUAUCGAUAACUGAUAGUGAUAGAUCAGCAAUAAAUGUAUUUAAUAAAGUUAGACCAAUGUUUGAUAAUAAUCAAAUUGGAUUAUCUGUAUUUGAGACAGAAAAUAAAUCAGAUACAUUUAGGAUAUCAUAUAGGAUUCAACAAACUGAAUUCGAUGGUAUAGUUUGUGUUGGUGAUGAUAAUCUUAUACAUGAUGUUGUCAAUUGUAUAUUCAAUAAACAAGAUUAUAACAUCAAUAGACAUAUACCAAUUGGUAUAAUACCAAGUGGUAAAAAGAAUGGAUUUUCAAAUAGUUUAGGUAUAACAUCACCUGAAAUGGCAACUAAAAUCAUAAUACAAGGAAAUGUAAAUUAUAUAGACAUUAUGUCUGCUUCACCAAUUAGAAAUACAAAUCAAUUAUCUUUUCCAAAUCAUCAUCAAAAUCAAAGAAAUCUAAUUAUUAAUAAUAAUAAUAAUAAUGGUAUUGAUAUUUAUCAACAAAAUAAUAAUAAUAAUAAUAAUAAUAUUAAUAAUAAUAAUAAUAAUAAUAAUAAUAAUAAUAAUAAUAAUAAUAAUAAUAAUAAUAAUAAUAAUAAUAAUAAUAAUAAUAAUAAUAAUAAUAAUAAUAAUAAUAAUAAUCAAAAUUUAAAUAAUUAUAAUAAUAUAUUUUUUAAUGAAUUUAAAGUUUAUAGUAUUUUAUAUAUUGGAUGGGGUGUAAUUAGUUUUAGAGAUAAAUUUAAACCAUGGAGUAGUAAUAUUAAACCAUGGUUAUUAUCAUCAAUUUAUUCAAAAUUUUCAAAAUUCUCUUUAAAUAAUUUUGCAUCUUCUUUAUAUUUUUUACCUUCUCCUCAUUUCCCGAAUAUUCAAAAUAAUAUUAAUAAUAAUAAUAAUAAUAAUAAUAAUAAUAAUAAUAAUAAUAAUGAUAAGGAUGGUUUAUUUGAAAAUCAAAAUUCAUUAUAUUGUAAUAAAAAAUCAAUUUGCGAUGGAUGUAUAAAGAAAUAUAUAGAUUAUGAUUUUCAAGGUAAAAGAUCUUCAAAAGAUUUUAGUGAUUGGAAAUUAGUUGAAGGUAUUGAUGAUACAAUUGAUAAGAAUUAUAAUAAUAACGAUGGUGAUGAUGGUGACGAUAAUAAUGGGAUAUCAUAUUUUUUAGCUGGUAAUCUAAGUCAUAUAUCAAAGAAUUUUAAAGCAUUUCCAUAUAGUCAUUUUUCAGAUGGAUUUUUAGAUUUAUUAAUUAGUAAUCAAAAUGAUAAAAAGAAAUUAAAUCAAUUAAUUUAUGAUUCAAAUCCAUCAAAAGAUUUAUUCCCAGAUGAAAAUUCGGGAAAUCUUGAAUCUUGGAAAACUUCCUACUAUUGUAAAACUAAAGAAAUCAUUAUAAAUGUUAAAAAUCAAGAUAUCCCUCUUAGUAUCGAUGGUGAAUUAUUUGACAUUAAAGAGUUUGGCUCUUCAACCAUUAAAGUUCAAUCUCAUAGAGGUUUAUGUGCAAUUUUCUCUUUGAGUCAAUAA